GACAUACUAUGUAAAUACAGUCUACGGAACGAUCCCAGAGACCAGCGUACACCGCAUUGAGAUACCAGUGAGGUGCGAAAUGGAAACCAAUGAGACCCUUGGGUUUCAGUUUCACCCUAAAGUCACAGAUGUGGUCUCCCAGGGUCACUAUAGCGUCUCCCUGAAGCUCUAUCAGAACAGCGACUUUACAGACCUGAUUACCACGUAUCCUUAUGCGGUUGACAUCCAUGGGCGUCUACACGUGGAGUUCAAAGUGGAUUCAUAUGAAACAGAGCUACAGAUAAUGGCAGAAAACUGCAGGGCUUCCCCGUCACUGGAGGAUACAGAGCAGACAUACAAUCUCAUCCAGCACGGGUGUUCCCGUGACUCUACCUUGCAGACUCACCCAGUCUCAGACCACAGGCUACAACGCUUCAGUGUCCAUGUAUUUAGGUUUAAUGACUUCCAGGAGGUUUAUCUGUCCUGCAACGUCAUCAUCUGUCACAACGAAACUUCUCCAAACCGCUGUACACAAGGCUGCAACAUGCGGAGACACCGACGUGAUACCCACAGCUCUGACAGGCAGCUAAACUCGGCCAGGCUGUCUCAGGGGCCUAUUCUGUUUAAGUCUGGUCAACUCCAGGCGGAUCAUACUGUCCCAUCCUCCGUGCUUGUGGCUGUGGUUGGUGUUAUGGGCUUCUUGUCUGUUCUGGGGCUGGUGAUCCAGAAACAUCAUUAUAGGAGACACAACUAUACCCUGCUGGGAAACGGAAGCCACCAACAGUAAAACAGGACAGAAAAUCAGCAGACGUGGACGUUAAAUCGAGUUUUCACAGUAGCUAUUGUGCUGAUACGCAUAAUGUACUAAGCGUCUUUAUAUCGCUACACUUUUGGUUACUUUAGGUUACCAGUUCUGCUAUGUUUAGUACCACCUUGUUUAA